CUUCCGUAUCCUCAACUCGUAUGAUAUCAUCACCUCAAAGUCCUCCUCCAAAUCUAUUCGUGAUUUCUUUCCAUAACUCCAUGGCUCUGGAAAAAGUUGUUCUUUACAAAUAGUAAUUGUAGGAGGAGGAGGAGGAGGAGAAAGGUGGCUCUUUUCAUGGCGGUCUCGGUCUCGGGCCUGACGAGGAAUGCAUCGCUGGCGGUGCCGAGAUCGCCGGCGAAGAGGAGGGGCGAUGGCGGGGAGGAGGGUGGAGGCAUGGAGGCGCUCCGGCGGCUGGGGCGGCGGGUGAAGCCAUUCGAGCAGGUGGGCGUGCUCGGCUUCCUCGCUUUCACCGCGGCCUUCUUCCUUUUUAUCUUCUUUUUCUUCUCCUCGAACCACGGCGGCAUGGCGUGGCCUGACCAAACGGCGGCCGCCGCCGCCGGCGGCGAUGGCGGCGGCGGCGGAGAGAAGGGCGUCUGGGAACUAGGGGCGGAGAUUGGCCAGAGCAAAGGCCGCGGCGGAGCGAAGGACGUCUGGGGACUAGGGGUGGAGCUUUCCCGGAACAAAGGCGGCGGCGGCGGCGGCGGCAGAGGCGCUGGCGGAGAGGAGUGCGAUUGGUUCGACGGGGAGUGGGUUUGGGACGAAAGUUAUCCGCUUUAUGAGUCGAGGGAUUGCGGGUUCUUGGAUGAGGGGUUUCGGUGCUCGGAGAAUGGGAGGAGCGAUCUCUUCUACUCCAAGUGGCGGUGGCAGCCGGCGCGGUGCGAUCUCCCCAGAUUUGAUGCAAAGAAGAUGCUUGAGAAGCUGCGAAACAGACGGCUGGUAUUUGUGGGCGACUCAAUUGGAAGGAACCAGUGGGAGUCCCUCCUCUGUUUGCUUUCUAUGGCUGUUCCCGACAAGAGCUCGAUCUAUGAAGUGAAUGGUAACCCUAUUACGAAGCACAAGGGUUUCUUGGUUUUCAAGUUCAGGGACUACAACUGCACCGUAGAGUAUUACAGAGCUCCGUUCUUGGUGCUCCAGAGCCGCCCCCCAGCUCGAGCACCGGCGAGGGUAAAGACCACGCUUAAAUUGGACAUCUUGGAUUGGAUGUCCACCCGAUGGAAGGAUGCUGAUGUGCUCAUCUUUAACACUGGGCAUUGGUGGAACUAUGAGAAGACUAUCAGAGGAGGGUGUUAUUUCCAAGAAGGAAAUGAGGUAAAGAUGAAGAUGAGUGCAUAUACAGCAUAUCAAAGAGCCAUUAAGACAUUGUUUCACUGGAUUGACAGAGAGGUCAAUAGGAGUAGGACCCAGGUCAUCUUUCGCACAUAUGCUCCCGUCCAUUUCAGGUUUCAGAUGGAGCAAGGAUAGCCAAGGAAGAAAAUAUACGGAUCUUUUGGAUAAAGAAACCAAGUAAGAUUACUGUUGGCAUCAUUUGGAAUCUUGCCUGGUUAUUGGAUAUUAUGCAAUCAGGUGGAAAAACUCUGGGGCAUGAAGCGUAGCUAAAUGAAGAUGUGGUUGGUUUUCCCCACGUAAAGCAUUGUUUUCAUGUUACUUUUAGAAGUUACACCCCGUGGGAAUUUGGGUUCAGGAGUGCACAAGCUUUUGUUACCGAGAGAAGGUUUGCUUCCCAAAUUAGGAACCUUCCAAGGUUUUAAUUAGAUGAUGCACAAAAUUUUGCUGUUGGAGUUUGAUUUCUCAUCAAAUUACUUGUCAUACAUGUACUAAAAAUUUCUCCAGACACUCAAAAAUAUCGGGAUAUGUAUCGAGUCCUUACGGAUCCUAUCUUUGCAAUGCCAUUUCCGUCCAUUUGUAUGUAAAAGUCCAAAGAAAAGGUAAACAUAUGAUUAUCAAUACAUUGCAAUAGUACAUGAAAGAAACUUUAAUCGAGUUAAAAUGAGAACACCUGCAGAUUGUGUGUAUAAGAUUCUCCAAUCAAAUUGAAUAAUUUUUAAAAGCAACACCUUCUCAUAUUGAUGUUGUUUCGGCUGCGAUUGUCUAGUUCAAAACUAUAAAAGCAAAAACUAAAUCCAAGUCAUACAUCUUCAUGAUAUAUGCAUGAAUCCAUGAAAAUGCUUUUCAUCAAUUAUUUUAGAAAGAUAAUAUUCUCUCCAGUAAUCGAACUUCUAUCUCUGCAAAACUGCUGGAAAACAAAACAUCCAUUGUAUAAAACUGUAGCAUUAGCAUUCGCUGAUUCUGGAGUUCUGAUAAACUGUUUGGUUACGCAUUUUA